UAUAUAUAUAUUAUGUAUAUAUGUACAUAUAUCAGUUCCAUCCAAGCUAUAAGAAGCAAAGCACAAGGAAAAACCAAAAUGGGCAGACAGACCCUAACCCUAAUACUUCUUCUCCUCACCACCACCACCACCCUUCAUCUAUCCACAGCAGCUCAAACCAACAUCAAAGGUGCCUACUGGUUCCAGGAAAGCGAAUUCCCAGUCUCCUCCAUAGACUCCUCACUCUUCACUCACCUCUUUUGUGCCUUUGCCGAUAUCGACUCCACCACCUAUAAACUCUCCAUCCCCUCCUCCUGCUCCUCCUUCACCUCCACCGUCCGUCAAUCCAACCCCUCCAUCAUCACCCUUCUCUCUAUCGCCGGUGGCAACCAGUCAAGGUCCUCCAUCUUAUCCUCCAUGGCGAGACAAUCCUCCUCCCGGAAAACCUUCAUUGACUCAUCAAUCUCUCUUGCAAGAACAUAUGGUUUCUCUGGACUUGAUCUUGAUUGGGAGUACCCUGAAACACCAACGGACAUGACAAACCUUGCCACUCUCAUAAAUGAAUGGCGUACCGCCAUUAACGAAGAAGCCCAAACCUCUGGAGAGUCAGCUCUUCUCCUCACUGCUGCUGUCAGUGCCACCCCUACAUUAAACUCUCCAUCAUACCCUGUUUCCUCCAUUAAUGCCGGCAUGGAUUUUGUUAACAUCAUGGCUUAUGACUUCUACGCUCCAACAUAUACUCCCCAAGUUACAAGCGCACACGCAGCGUUGAAAGACACCUCAGGCGGCAUCAGUGGUAGCUCCGGAGUCACUGCAUGGAUAAAUGCUGGCUUGCCGGUGAACAAAAUGGUUUUUGGUUUGCCAUUCUAUGGAUAUGCAUGGGAGCACAGUGAUGAAGCUAAUCAUGGUUUGGGUGCACCUGCAACUGGAGUGGCUACCGGUGAUGGCAUUGAUAGUAGUGGUGCUAUAAGCUUCAAGAACAUUAAAAGUUUUAUUGAGAGUAGUGGUGCAGAAACAGUGUAUGACAGUGAGGUGGUGGUGAGCUAUUGUUACUCAGGGAGGAUUUGGAUAGGGUAUGAUGAUGUGGAAGCUGUGGGUGCUAAGGUUUCUUAUGUUAAGGAGAAUGGUCUCCGGGGCUACUUUGCAUGGUCUGUUGAUAAAGAUGAUAACUGGUUGCUUUCUCAGAAAGCUUCAACAACAAUGGGUUGACUUGGAUGUUGAGCCAGAGGUCCAGAGAUGAAUGAUCAC